AAAGGUAUUCGUCACAUGUUGUGCGUCAUAUCAUGGAGGUACAUGUGCUGUCUCAAGUAUUUAUUUGAUCAAAAUAGGGCAUAUUUUCAUUCUCUGUGCUACCUUUAACAUCCUUGCAGACAUUUCAUACUUAAUUUAUUGAAACUUAUUCGAAACAAAGAAUUUGUUGAAAUGAAAGGAAAAUGGAAGCAGAAAAGCAAAAAGAAGAAAAGCAACGCGGUUUUACAGAAGUACAUGGUGGCUGUAGGUGAGUUCGUUAAAAGCAAAAGUGGUGAGGAAGAAACAGAGGGUGACCGCCAUGGGCUGAGAUUUGUAAAAAGGAAAAGCAGAAAGGAAUUACGCAAAGAAAAGCGAAAACUGAAAAAAGCUAAGAUGAAAAGUCAUUACGAAGGCAAAAAGGAUGUCUGUUUGGCUCCUAGUGAUGGUGAAACCUCAGGAACAAAUGCUGAACGUCAGCCACGGGUCCACAGCAAGAAAUCUGAUAAACCAGACAUGGAAGAGACUAAAAAAGAGUCAAGCAAACCUGCUCAUGAAUCCACUGACCAUUCUGCAACUAAAUCCAAGUCCAAGAAAGAUAAGAAAGUCAACAAGCUCCAAGAAUCAAGAAAAAUGGCGCUACUGGAGGCAAAUGAACAGGAAGACAGAGAGAUAAAGAAGUUGGAGCGAUGUCUGGGGUUUAACAAAAGGAAAAACAAAAAAACCCUCCCACAGUCUUUUGUAGACGAUGGACUUGACUUCGUCCUGGGUGUCCUGGACUCCGGCUCAUCAGCAGCAGGGAUGUAUGAUGAAGAUAACGAGGAUUAUGAGAUGGACAUGGCCAAAGAGAAUUUUAAGAAGCUUGAUGAAACUGACUCUGAGGGGUCAAAUGAAGGUGAAGGUCGAGGCAGUGGCGAUGAGGAGGAUACUAGGGGGGGUGAUGAUGAGGAGGAGGAAAUGGAUGAUGGCAACCAUGAACUGAAUGAGCGAGACGAUGCAGAUUCAGAUGAGGAGAUUGAGGAGGAAACGGAGGCAGAAGCUGGCAUUCCUGACUCAAAACUAGAAGCAGUUGCCUCUACAGCUGGGAAGUAUGUGCCACCUCACCUGCGUAACAUGAGAGAUGAUAAACGGAAAGCUGAGCUGGAUAAACUGAGACGGAAUGUGAAAGGCCUACUGAACAGAUUAAGUGAGCCCAACGUGGCCUUCAUCUGUGGCCAGCUGGAGGAGCUGUACAUGAGCUGCAGCAGGAAGGACAUGAACGACGCUCUGACCGACGUGCUGCUCGCAGCCUGUGUGGCCCCGACGCUGAUGCCAGAUCGGCUGCUGAUGGAACAUGUGCUGCUUGUUAGUGUCCUGCAUCAUGCUGUGGGGCUGGAGGUCGGCGCUCAUUUCCUCGAGACCGUGGUGCGCAGGUUCAACGAGGCGUACAAAACCUCUGGUGAGGGAAAAGAGUGUGACAACCUCAUCGCCAUCAUCGCUCACCUCUACAACUUCCAGGUGGUUCAUUCCGUCCUCAUCUUUGACGUCCUGAAAAAGCUGGUGGGAACGUUUACGGAGAAGGACGUGGAGCUGAUUCUCUUCGUGCUUCGGAAUGUAGGCUUCGCCCUGAGGAAGGAUGACGCUCUGGCACUCAAAGAGCUCAUCUCUGAGGCUCAGCGUAAGGCCAGCGACAUGGGGUCAAAGGUCAAGGAUCAGACCAGGGUGCGUUUCAUGCUGGAGACCAUGUUGGCUUUAAAGAACAACGACAUGAGGAAGAUCCCCGGAUAUGACCCUGAGCCUGUGGAGAGACUGAAGAGGCUGCUGCGGACUCUGAUCCACAGUAGCUCAGCAGGCAGUGACCUGAAGCUGAGGGUCUCUUUGGAAAACCUCCUGAAAGCAGAGCAGGUGGGUCGCUGGUGGAUCGUGGGCUCGUCGUGGAGCGGAGCGUCCAUGAUCGGCAAGCCGGGAGACCCAACAUCAAAGCAGAGUCCUGCUGAAGGACAGUUUAGUCACAAAGUGUUGGAGCUGGCUCGAAAACAGAGGAUGAACACUGAAGUCAGGAGGAACAUCUUUUGUGUGCUGAUGACCAGUGAGGAUUACAUCGAUGCUUUUGAGAAACUCUUGAGGAUGGGUCUGAAGGACAAGCAAGAAAGAGAGAUAGUUCAUGUUCUGAUGGACUGCUGCCUGCAGGAGAAAAACUUCAACGCCUUUUAUGCCGUACUGGGAGAGAAAUUCUGCUCUCACGAUCGCCGCUUCCAGAUGACGUUCCAGUUCAGCCUGUGGGAUAAGUUCAGGGAGUUGUCCAACCUUCCCACCAGCUCCUUCAACAACCUGGUCCAGCUGCUGACCCGAUUCCUCCAGAGAAAGUGCCUCUCGCUCUCCGUUCUCAAGGCCAUCGAGUUUGGAGAGUUAGACAAAGCUACGGUGCGUUUCCUGCGUCAGGUUCUGACCAAACUGCUGAAAGAAUCCGAGUCAGAAGAUCUGGUCAACAUUUUUGGGAGGGUUUCAGGAAUUCCUAAGCUACGAAUGCUGCGAGAGGGUUUGAAGCUCUUCAUCAGCCACUUCCUCCUGAAGAACACCUCGUCGCUGGGACCGGCUGAGCAGGCGGCGGUGCUGCCGGAGCACGCUCAGGUCGCUGUUAAGGCCAUGGAGGCUAGAGAGGCUACGCUAAAGCUAUGAAACUUAAACACACACACACACACGUGCGCUGGGGGGGGAGACGACGACAAGACAAACAUGUUUUCAGUGACAUCUUUGUAGUGUAAAAUAUUUGAAUGCAGGUCUUUUAGUUUCUGAUUUAUUAUUCUGCUUAAUUCAACAAAUAUAAAAAAUGGCUGCAAUUUUUAUAUAUUUUAUCCAUAAAAUCCUGUUUUUUUAUUUGUUAAUAAAAAAAGACAAUGGGUA